GCGGUAACGCGAGGGAGGGGGUCCGGCUAUUUCCUGGCAGUCGGCUUGAACCGUCAAGUGAAAGAAUAACACACAUGUGCAUCAAAGGGUGAGAGGAAAACACAGUCGCUAUAAGACAGAGAGCCACCCGGGAUCGAACCUGUGACCGUCAGGACCAGCUAUACCAAUCGUCCUGCUCCCGAUCCACGCCAGAGAUGUCGUCCGACAAGAUCGAAUACACCCCCCUGCAAAUGGAACCCUGUCCACCCUACACCCCGGGGCAGCCUGCUCACCCUGCUGCGUUUGACAUGAACAUGGCCGGCCCAAUCAUGUUCGCGGGCCCUGCUCAUGGCGGCCUACCUUUCCCUCCACCGACUGCCUUUGGACCAGGCAUUGUCGGAGGUUUUGGAGCGGCCACAAACCCCCAAGGCGGCACAGGAUAUGGCUUCAAUGAUUCUUUUUCGCCAUACUCUCCACCAGGCCAAGGCAAUCCUUCAUCUUUGCCGUAUCCUCCACCAGGCCAAGGCAAUCCUUCAUCUUUGCCGUAUCCUCCACCAGGCCAAGGCAAUCCUUCAUCUUUGCCGUAUCCUCCACCAGGCCAAGGCAAUCCUUCAUCUUUUCCGUAUUGUCCACCAGGCGAGGGCAAACCAUCAUCUUUGCCAUAUUCUCCACCAGUCCAGGGCUUCAAUGCAAACUUUGACAAUGAUGAUUUUCCCAACCAGGACGACCCACCCCCAUUCCACGAGAAUAAUGACUUUGAUUUUGGAUUAGACAACAAAACCAUAAGACGAGCUUUCAUUCGAAAGGUUUUCUUGGUGUUAACUGCUCAGCUGAUGGUGACGUUUGCCUUUGUGGCAGUCUUCACCUUUGUGGAUGAAGUCAAGAUGUUCGUCCUGGUGAACACCUGGACCUACAUGGUGUCCUACGCUGUGUUCUUUGUGUCUGUUUGUGUGAUCAGCUGCUGUGGAAGCGUUCGCCGGAGACACCCUUGGAACCUGGUUGCAUUGUCCAUCCUGACCCUCAGCAUGUCCUACAUGGUGGGAAUGAUCGCCAGCUUCCACGAGACCGAGUCCGUAAUCAUGGCAGUGGGCAUCACAGCAGUUGUGUGCUUCACAGUGGUCCUCUUCUCUCUGCAGACCAAGUACGACUUCACUUCCUGUCACGGCGUGCUCUUCGUCUGUUUAAUUGUCCUGAUCUUCUUCGGCAUCCUCUGCAUCUUCAUCCGCAACAGGAUUCUGCACAUUGUGUAUGCUGGACUGGGAGCUUUGCUUUUCACCUGUUUCUUGGCCGUUGACACGCAGCUGCUGCUUGGCAACAAGGAACUGGCCCUGAGUCCGGAGGAGUACAUCUUUGCUGCUCUGACGCUGUACACAGACAUCAUCAACAUCUUCCUCUACAUUCUGGCUAUCGUUGGACGAGCAAGAGGGGGCUGAGCAGGAGGAACUCGAUAGCUUUGAGUUCAUGUAUAAAAGUGAAUUCCCAUAAUCCUUUUAUUUUUGGCUUUUAGUGUGCAUUGAUCACAUAGUGGGAUAUUUCUUUGCUUCACCUUGUGCAUAUGUUUUUCUUUUAUGAUGAUAUAGGUUUUAUAUAUGUUGUAAUUAUGGGGUUUUAUGAGGUAUAUGUCCUGUGGUACAAAACUUCAUCUUGGUUUGGUAAAUCAUUUCUUCUGCUGUACGAAAAUUGACAAAAUGGUCACAACUCAAAGUCCUGGUUCCUGCUUAUUCCAGAGCUUUCGCCUCUUUCACACAGUCUUCAUCCGCAGGAGAUUACUCUUUCUAAAUGCAAUCUUAGUACCAGUUAUGAUGUCAUCCAUUGCAGCUUUACGAAAAAAUCUAGUAAAUGGUGUCCAGAUUGUCCAGGGUCAAGAAGAAAUGUUCAUCCUUAACCUAUAAUCCAAAACCUAUGAAAACUGCUGAUGUUGUAGAGUAUUGGAUGAAGCAGAAGCUACUGAGCUCGAUUCUUUCUCCGCUGCAACUUAAAAAAACCUCCAUCUACUAACGGCUGUGUGAUGUGAUGUGGCUGAAAUGCUAAAUGCACUUUGAGUUGGGACUGCUAUUUCCAAUGUAAAGGUAAAAACUUUUCAUGAUUAAAUAUGAAGAUGCUUUUCAAA